UCGUCGUGGUGGGAGACGGCGGAAGCGAUGCGAGCGGAGGAGCACGACGCCGGCGAGUUCGUGGGCGCGCGGCUGGACGCCGGCCUCCGUGCCGCGCGCUUCGAGUCGCCGCCGUCCGCCGAGGAGUUCGCGGCCUCCAUCGAGCCCAGGAACGCCCCCGCGGUGUUCCGUGGCGUGGUUAAGGAUUGGGCUGCCUCCUCCCGCUGGGAUCCUCUCAAUGGCGGCCUCGACUACUUGCUGGAAAAGGUUGGACCCGAUGUUGAUGUGGAAGCGAUGAUGUCGAGCACUGGGCAUGUGUUCUAUGGGGACCUUAGAAGCCAUGAGAGGGUUCUUGUUCCGUUCUCCAAAUUCAUCCAAUCGUGCAAAUAUUACCUGAGGUAUCCGAGUGGUGCUAGUGAGUCAUCCAAAGCGCAGGAAAUCCUCAAGGAGCCUACUUCUUCAGAGGAGGGGUGCUCGAGCAGCUUAGAGAGUUGUGACCAAGUCUAUUUAGCACAAGUUUCAAUUCUGAACGCUGAGAACAAAGAGAGAUGCUCGCUGGAAAUUUUGAAAGACGACAUUCAGGAGCCUACAUUCGUAAAAGGAAAACCAUUUUCAUCAAUAAACAUUUGGAUGAAUAGAGCUCACUUGAGAUCGAGUACCCAUUAUGAUCCUCACCAUAACCUUCUCUGUGUAGUGGCUGGCUGCAAAAAAGUAACUUUGUGGCCUCCCUCAGUAUCCCCAUAUUUGUAUCCAAUGCCUGUGUAUGGAGAGGCCUCCAACCAUAGCUCUGUCAGCAUUGAGGAACCAGAUUAUUCAAGUUACUCAAGAGCAAGAUACAUGAAAUCAUAUUCUGAGAGAGUAACUCUAAAUAGUGGCGAUGCUCUUUUCAUACCAGAAGGAUGGUAUCAUCAAGUUGACAGUGAUGAUUUGACAAUAGCAAUUAACUUUUGGUGGAAGUCAAGAAUAAUGGCUGAAAUGUUAGAACAUAUGGAUGCCUACUAUCUACGACGUAUCCUGAGCAGAUUGGUGGAUAAGGAGAUGAACAAAAUGGUGCAGGAGAGCUCCCUUCAUCGUUCAGACGUUAGCACUGUUUGUCAGCCUACGGAUGAAGCAUCAGGUUCCGAGCAAUUGACUUUGCACAACCAGAUUACAAAUUCUAAUUUACCUGACAAAAAGGAUUCACCACUGCAAACUCUGGAACCAUCCACCCUCCAAGCACUUUAUGAACUUAUGUCACUGGUUCACAACAGUGUUGAAAUGGUUAGCCAAAAUGAAAUAGCAGAACCGCCAUGCCAGGAUGCAUCUUGCAACCCAAGCAAUGAAAGAAAGAGGAUUGCUGCAGAUGGUUCAUCUUUAUUGGAGAAAGAUGCUGUUGCAAAAAUAAUUUUGCCACUUGAGCCGCUUGAAUUGCAGAGCAUGCUGCUUGUUAUGGUGCAUACUUUCCCAAGGACUCUAGAAGCUCUUGUCCUCAACAUGCUUGGACCAAUAGGAGCAGAGAUACUGACAAGGAAGUUUGAUGAGAUGGACCAACAAGCCACAAAAGAGCAGCAGAGUGAGUUUUACAAGACAUUCUACAGCGUAUUUGAUGACCAAUAUGCUGCCAUGGAUGCACUUCUUAAUGGGAAAGAAUUAUUUUCUUUUCAGGUAUUCCAGAGUGUACUGGACCAAUAUAUUGGGGUUCAUGUUAACCGACCAAAGUAAUACACUAGUACAGGUCAAUUUAUGGAUCAUGUAGCAUGUAACCCUAGGUUUGUCUUAACUAGAAAAUUUUCUCCUGUGUUUUGUUGAAUCAAUGCUAGAUAGCCUCGUGGUCGUUACAAAAGGGUCAUAGUGAACAAACCUCCCCUCUGAAUGAUUUCUUUACUCAGGUAGAUCCUUGUUCUUUGAACUUAGCAAUUCUGAAGAGCAGCGGUUUUCGCUCGGGUGGCGGGUUCACCCUUCCUUCUAGGACAUGUUUCGGUGUUGGUCCAUUCAAACAAGGCAUGCCUUCAAACAAAUAUCAACGAUUUAGCAGUGUACAUUUCAAUUGUUUAUAUUUCAUCAAAAUGAAUGUACCUGUCUACUUUUUGGACACAAAAAUACAUACAUCUUUUACUCGUUAGGCAUCACCAUGACCGUUUGCAGUGAUACUUUCAUUCUUUGGCAGCCAGAAAGAGAAUAAAAUGGAGCUAGCACUUCUA